CCAUGAUUUCCUGGCUAUAAAAAGGACCUCUGCCCGUUCCUGCUGUGCUUCUCUGCAUGCGUGGGGUCGGAUGUCAUGGCGCUACUCUGGAGCUGCUUAUUCCUAUUCAUACCUGCGGUCGGCUGUGAUUUUUACGGCUCCUGUGACAGUGAGAUAUACUGCACGGGUGAAAUCCUAAAGCAGGUGCAAAUGACCAGACUGUUUGACGAUGACAAGCACUUUGUGGACAUGAAGCUGCAGAAGGAUCCUGGUGAGGUUCUGGAUGCCUUCCGCAAUCUGACGUCCGUGUCGCCGGGUGGCUCUGUUCACCCCGCCGUUCUGCGGGAUUUUAUUAUGGAGUACUUUGAGCCUCCGGGGCAGGAGUUCGAACCAUGGACUCCGACUGACUGGCAUGACGGGCCGCAGUUCCUCUCUAAGAUAGCGGACGCAGAGCUGCGCAGCUGGGCAGGGAAGCUGCACCAACUGUGGAAGUCUCUGGGCCGGAAGAUCCGUUUGGACGUGAGGGACCGCCCCGAGCUGUACUCCCUGAUCUACACUCCCCACCCCUUCAUCGUGCCUGGGGGGCGCUUCCGAGAAAUAUACUACUGGGACUCCUACUGGGUUAUCAACGGGCUGCUUCUCUCUGAGAUGCAGGACACGGCUAAAGGGAUGAUCCAGAACUUUCUGUACCUGGUUGAUCGGUAUGGCUUCGUCCCUAACGGUAGCCGUCGGUACUAUGAGCGACGCAGCCAGCCACCCUUCCUCGCGCUCAUGGUAGAGAGCUACUAUCAGGCCACGGGCGAUGAGGAACUGCUGAGGAACGCUCUGCCAGUUCUGGAGCGCGAGUAUGAGUUCUGGAUGAGUAACCGGUCUCUCGACGUGGCUACAGAAGGACACCUGAACAUCCUGAAUCGUUACGCUGUGCCGGUGGGCCAGCCGAGGCCAGAGUCCUACUCAGAUGACGCAGAUCUGGCCAAAGGCUUAUCUGCAGAUGCACAGCAGCAGCUGUACAUGGAGCUGAACUCGGGUGCUGAGUCGGGCUGGGACUUCUCGUCCCGCUGGUACCUGGCUGGCCCCGGACAGGCCUCCUUGAGGGACAUCGGCACCAGCCGCAUCAUCCCCGUGGACCUGAACUCCGUGCUGUGCCGCGUCGAGGGGCUCCUGGCCAACUUCCACCGGGCUGUGGGCGAUGGGGCAUCGGCGGGCAAAUACGACAAGGCCCGAGAGCGUCGCCUGGGGGCCAUGGAGACGCUGCUGUGGGACCCGCAGAGGGGCUGCUGGUUUGACUACGAGCUGCCGAGCGGCACCCGCCGGCCUGCGUUCUACCCCAGCGGCCUGGCCCCCCUCUGGGCUCGGUGCUACUCCAGGCCCGACAUGGCGGAGGCGGCGCUCCGGUAUUUGGAGGAGAGCGGUGCACUUCUCUUCCCAAACGGCGUUCCGACGUCCCUGGUGGACAGCGGGCAGCAAUGGGACCUUCCUAACGCUUGGCCCCCGCUACAGCACAUGCUCAUUGAGGGGCUGUCAAACAUGAACAUAUCCAAGGCUCAGGAUUUGGCAUUUGAUCUGGCACAGAGAUGGAUAAAGACUAACUGGGUGGUGUACAAGAAGUAUGACGCCAUGUUUGAGAAGUACAACAUCGAUGGAGAUGGCCAGCCAGGAGGUGGAGGAGAGUACGAGGUCCAGCUGGGUUUUGGAUGGACCAAUGGCGUGGCUCUGCAGCUGCUGGAUCGCUAUGGUGACAGGCUCUCUGGAAGUCCUUCUUUGAGGCCUUCCAUCUCCUUGGGGCUCUUCUUUGUGACCUUGGUAAUGGCGAUGUGAGCUUCUGCCAGACAGAAUCGUGGGGCGGGACCUCCAGGUCAUUCCCCCAGGGGCUGCCCGCUUCUGACGGCUUUAAUCAGCCAUUUUGGUGAGUUAAUAGAGCAUUACGUUUAAUUUGAGCCGCUCGACUUCUGUCAUUUUUAAUAAAGGAUUUAAAGAUUUGCUAUAACCCGUCAGUGCGAUUUUUCUCGAUGACCUCACAUGUCCAGAAAGUUUUAAGAGACGCCCGAAGAUGGAUAGAGCUCUGUGUUUGGGUGACGGUGCGCUUUUAAAUGGAGUUCUGCAAGGUUCGUUUGCUGAGCACCUUGCUUUAUGAAUAGAUGCGAUCUCCAUCUCGGCUCCGACUGUAUGGAUUAUGUGGGAACGUCAGUACAGAGAAGUUAACUGGGGUUCCCCUCUUCCAUUAAAAGAUUAUCAUUAUGAUUAUUAAGAAGUAUUUUGUUAAGGAGGUCCAGAAAUGUCUGAAUUUUAAGUGUAUCGGAGAUACUAAUGAAUUUUGAUAAUCCAGAACAAAUAAGAUAAUCAGACAGACAUCGAGUGAAUGUGGAUUUUUUUGUAAUUCAUCUCCAUUUAUGCAAUCUUAGUUAUGUAAUUUUAUUUAAUUGUUUUUUACAAAUGGUUUCAUUUAACAAAAGCUCAAUUUGCGGUUCAGUUUCAGCCUGUUCCUUUACGGUAAUCCAACCUGUAUGUUUCCUUCAGAACACAAGGGUUUAAUUGAAAUUGUCCAAUAUAUCUUUACAAAUAGCAGACUGUGCAGUUCAUGAAUAAUUAUGUGUACCACUUACUAGUGUCUAUCAAAAGACUGAUUUUGGGAUGUAAUACCCCCCCACCCCCACCUGAAUGCAUUAAAGGUUUUCCAAUAGAUUUA